AUGGGUGAACAAAACAACUUAUACUAUGACGUCGAGAAACUGGUGAAUUGUUUGCAAGAGGAUUUCGAUUUAGAUUGCGCUCAAGGUGUAUCUCUCUUCACUAGUAAAUCUAGAAGAAAUGAAGCUUGGCUUGAAGAAUUGGACAACAAGUUCAAAGUAAAGGAUAACGUUGAGCUCGAUGAUGUGGAAAAUUUAAAAGCUGAAAUUGACGCAAAAUUGGACACACUGGAAGUUAAGGUAGACUAUUAUGAAAAACUUUUCAAAGAGUUGGAAGAGUUUCAAAAUGAAAUGAAAAUCAAAACUGUUGUUAAUAAGAGAAGACAAUCGCAGGUUCCGAAAUAG